CUCGAAGCCCACUUCUGGUUCCGGUGGACCCGCGUACAUCGCUAAGGAACGCAGCAGCUCCCCCGACAACCACCAGAUAAAGCUGCAAGCUGCUUAUCUUCUCCCGUCCCAUAGGUUGCUAGGCUCGGCCGUGUAGAGCAGCAAGAGCACGCCGCGCCAAGCAACAAAGAGGGACCCCGCAUCCAUGGAGGUGGUGGGCGGCGUGUCGCUGAGGCCGUCGCCAGCGCCGGCGCGUAUCCGGACUACCCUGCCACCCGUCGACGUAGGCGGACGCUUCCUUCUCCGCCGGGUCGCGGGGCGCCAGCCGGCGAGGCGCGCGCUGGUCGUGGAGGCCCGGGGCGGCAGGGGCUGGUCGGAGCGGCAGAUGCAGCAGCAGCGCCGCGCGCCGCUGCUGCCGAAAAUCGAGGACGACGGCAACCCGCGAUUCGUCAUCUUCAUCCGCACCGCCAAUGUCUACUUCUGGUACCCGCUCAACAUCAUCACGGGCGGUACGACGGCGAAGAUCAUGCUCGCCGCCAAGGACAACUUCCUCGGCAAGUACAUCUACAAGGACACGCUCGCCAGGAACCUCGCCGCCGUCAUUUACAAAGACGAGGACGUGAUCAUAGACACAGCGAAAGAGCAGUACCGUGUGCUCAAGACCGAAAAUCAGUUUCGGUAUGGCUACAAAGUUGUGGAGAAAGGGAACAUAAGGUCUGCUCUGACGACAAGCAAUGUGAUCGAACUUCCAAAGAAGGACGAGCUCAAAACCGUGGUUGACAAGGUGAAGGACUUCUUUGGCGACGUGACUGCCGGCGCCAAAGAAUCCUUUGCGCAGAUAACAGGGUCUGCUGUCAGCAAGGAGGAAGAGGAAGCAGAGAGCAAAGAGAAGUUCCGCUCCAAGAGACGAAAGAAGCAGCGGAAGUCGAAGGAGGGCCUCAAGACGGAGAAAUGAUUCAGUCAGUCACACAAGUAAAGCACCGGCUGUAGUUUCGCUAUCGAUGUCCGAGAACUGUUCUGUAAUUUCUCCAGCUUCCUUUUUUUUGUUUGUUUUGUAAAAAGACGUCGUGUAACUUCAUUGCGACUAACGUGUGCUAUGCCUUCUCAGU